CACACAUCGAACACAACAAAAUAAUUCGCUCAGAGUCAGAGACACCGGCGUAGGCGAAGAUUCCUAAAAUUUUGGCAUUUUUUGACAGAAAGUGGUCACGGAUUUGACUUUUUAUUGGUGGCAUAGAUAUUUCAGUGGUCAUGGACUUCCAAGAGCUGCUUAACAUCGCUGCUGAAAAUAAUAAAAAGGCACAAAAGGAGGUCACCCAAUCUAAGCGGUACACCACAGCGAUUCCGCCUCCGAAAAAGGAGAAACGACUGAGUGUGGACCGGGCUGCAAUUCGGGCCAGACUGGAAAAAAAGCAGCAAGAAGCACAACAGAAAGCUUCGGAGGAAGAGGCCAAAAAACAGCAGCUCCUCAAACUUCGGGCGGAGACGAAAAAGAAAGGCAAGAACAGUGCUGAGAAACCCAAGACGGAAAGCAAUCCAAGAAAACAGGGCUAUGACGACCAGAAACACGAACAGAAACACCAAUCAUUUAUGAAGAAGGUCCAGAAAGUUGCCGACAGGACUAGAAGAGAGGAAACCGACAGACCUGUCACUAAGGCAGCGCCUGAUAGGCCAACAAAGCCCAAGAAGGCUGCUUCUGCCCCAAAAGGACCAAUGAGUUACGAGCAACUUCUGGCAUUGGCAGCCAAUCAGCAGAAAGGCAGUAGUAGAGAUGACAGUAAAACUCCAACUCGGAAUGACACCCUAGCCGCAAAACCGCAACCAACUACGCAGAAUGAGUCAAAGAAUCACAGAAAGGACGACAUGGCUGCCAAGAAGGCGCUGGCCGCUCGGAAGCUUGGGGAAGCCAGGAGGGAGGAAGGGAACAAGCCAAGGAAAAAUGGUGACUUGAAAUCUACCAGCACUUCAAGUGGGAAGACUCCAGGCUCGACAACUAGCACCGCAUCUUCUCAUCCCCACAGAACUAACGGGAAAUUGAAAACCGCAUCCGAGAAGCAAGGAAUUCCAUCCAGAGUGAAGAAACCGGAAACAGUGACCUCGAAACCGACGGCCAGCACUGCCAAAACAAAACACUCUUCUUCGGCAGGACCCGGCAAAACCCGUCCAAGCGUCACAGACACGAGGAGAAAUGGUGCUCAAAACAGCGACCGUGCGAAGCUGGCGAGACAAGAACUCGAGCGCAAAGGACCGCCGGCGAAGUUGCACCAGAGCCGGGUCCAGGAGUACUUUGAGAGGAAGCCCGUGGCCAACAGGCCGCGCAUCGUCCCGCCGGAGCGCUCCCCGCCCAGACGCCAGAGCAAACUGGACAGUUACUAUGACAGGGCGCCCUCAAGCAGCAGCAAUGGCAGGCCACAGGCUGGUUUGGAUAGGAGGGGGCCCUCUGGUAGCGGGCAGGUACCCAGGAAAAGACCAGGUCCUCCGCCGGGCCAUCCGUCCUUCCGUGCUAAGCGCGGACGCCUUUUGAGCGAAGAGGAGAGCGAUUAUGAAGACGACGGCUUCAUUGACGACACGCCCCUCGAGGAAGGGGGCGGGGAGGACGUCUCGCACUACAUCAAGGAGAUCUUCGGUUACGACAAGUCCAAGUAUGAGGAUGUGAGUGACUGGCAACUGAGGAACAUGGAAGCCAGCUACCGUGAAGUCCAACAAGAAGAAGCUCGAACAGCCCGUCUGGGAAUGCAGGAGGAUCUGGAAGACAUGAGGAGGGAGCGAGAGGAGCUGAAAAGACUCAAAGGCAAAGCUGCAACCAAGAAGAAAAGACGAUGAUGAAAACAAGAGAUGCUUUCUGCCGACGGUGGCAUGCAAUGUCCCCCUCUUGAAUAGCAUCAUUUACUCCAACGGUCAUCAUCUCAAGGUUUUUGCAACCCAAGUUUUGCAAUGUAUGUUUUGGAAGACAUUAAUUUGUACAUUUUUAUUUCUUUCUUGCCAAAUGGGAAAAGAACCAAAGAUUUUGGAACCUGUGGGAUGUUACACAUAUUAAGUUUAAAGGUAGAGUAGAUUAUUUGUCUUUUGUGCAUUUGUUUCGUUUGAAGAUCAACAAAAGUGCUCAAAAUAUAAAGACGGGUGCUUAACA